AUGGACCCGGACUCGCAGCUGAAGGUCGGCUUCAUCGGAGCAGGACACAUGGCUUUUGGCAUCGCUAAGGGGAUCUUAGCCGGAAACGUUCUUCCUGAAAACGUCAAAGUGAGCGCACCUUCCUCCAGAAAUCUGAAACGCUUUCAGGAACUUGGCAUUGCAGUAACUCACUCCAACCAAGAGGUAGUCUGUGGGUCACACGUGGUCUUUGUUGCAGUCAAACCCCACCUGGUCCCACUGGUUCUGUGUGAGAUCUCUCAACACGUCACAGACAGACACGUUAUCGUGUCGGUCGCAGCAGGAGUCACCCUGGCCACACUCGAGGAGCUCCUCCCAGAGAACUCGGCUGUCGUCCGGCUGAUGCCAAACCUUCCCUGUGUCGCUCAGGAGGGCGCGCUCCUGUUCGCACGAGGAACCGACGCGAAACCAGAGGAUGGCGCUCGGCUUCGUUCCUUGUUGCAUCACUGUGGGUUCGUGGAAGAGGGGCCCGAGGCCUGGAUAGACGUCCACACAGGACUGAGUGGGAGCGGAGUCGCUUUUGUUUAUCUUUUUGCUGAAGCUCUGGCAGAAGGAGCUGUUAAAAUGGGCAUGCCAAGCGCUCUGGCCCAAAGCGUCGCGUCCCAGACCGUUCUGGGUGCUGGGAGGUUGUUGCGCGACUCUGGGAAGCACCCGGCUCAGCUUCGCUCUGAGGUCUGCACCCCAGGUGGAACAACCAUCUAUGGGCUUCACGCGCUGGAGCGGGGGGGCGUGAGGGCGUCGGUUAUGAGCGCCGUGGAGUCGGCCACCGAGCGAGCCCGGGAACUCGGCCGCAAACCGGCGGCAGGGAACAGGAAGUGA